AAUCGCAAUUUGGUCUUUUCUGUUUCUCAUCGAAAAAGUGUCAAUAAGAAUUCAACUUGUGUGUUUAAUUUUUCUCUUCGAAUGAAAAUAUUAUCAAGAAAUGAAAGAACUUAUUGGGAAAAAGCAUCGAAUUCAGAACUUUUGUUACCAUGGAGAGAAAGAACAGUCCAGAGUCGAAUCUUAUUCUUGGUACGGUGAAGAAGAGAAGAAUUGAAAAGAGAAAAGAGAAAAGAAAGACAAAAUAGACAGAGGAAAUAUCGAAUUUCGAAAAACAAUUUCGAUUCUGCGUUUAAAAUGUUCUAUUCUUUUGGUUUUUUUUCAUCGAAAAUAUAAAAAAUUAACUGCUACAAAUUAAAUUUUCCAUCAUUUAAAGUCGAUAAUAAAUUUAAAUCCGAUCCAAAGCAAAACGAAGACACCAAGAGAUCAUCCGAGACUUGAGAAAAUCAAAUAAUCGAAUUGUUCAGAAAGAGCGAAAUAGUUCAAAAUAGAUUUAAAUGGUUAAGAACUAAUUAGAAUUCGGGAAAAAUUUUCAGAGGAAAUUUCGCCGCAAAAUUAAUUCGAUUGCAAUUCAGUUGAAACUUAAAUCGCCUUCAUGGUAUCGCCACUUUUACCUGUUACCUUAGUAGUGCUUCUGAUCAGUGAGAGUACCAUUGGAAUUGACCAGCAACCUCCAAAUGGUCAGAGUAAAGGUGAAGGAUCGUCGGCGACAAUUACGACCCACAAUCAGGCCUCACCACCGGUGAAUCCAGUUACGUCCAGUGAUAAAAAUGGAGCUGAAUUUUACGUUCCUUACAAAACACCCAAUCCCAGCUCGAUGGAUCGAGUCUUUUUGUACGAAUCCUUUGAUGAUGUUCAUCGAUUUAAAAAGACUUGGAUAAAGUCGGAGGCCACAAAAGGUCCGAAUGGUAAAUAUAAAUAUGAUGGAACUUGGGACAUUGUGGUGACUCAUCAAAAAAUUCGAGGUGACUAUGGAUUACGAAUGAGAUCCAAAUCUAAACAUCAUGCAAUUAGCAGACAAUUUGAUCGACAAUUUAACUUUUCCAACUCGAGCCCAUUGAUAGUUCAAUAUGAUGUCCAGUAUCGUAAUGGUCAAGAGUGUGGAGGAGCUUAUCUUAAGUUACUUUCAUCUCCAUCGGGAAAUUUAAGUCUAAUAAAUGACCAGUCACUUUAUACUAUCAUGUUUGGUCCAGAUAAGUGUGGAUCUGACCAUAGGUUACACUUUAUCUUUGCCCAUGUUAAUAAUAAAACCGGUGAGCGACGGGAAAUACAUUGGAAAGACGCUAAUACGCUGACCAAUUUAGCGGACAUUGUCACCGAUGGUAAAUGGCAUCUUUUCCGACUCUAUCUCAGUCCAUCAAGCCAAUUCGAACUGUCAAUGGAUAAAAGGGUGAUCGCUAGUGGGUCUUUACUGGCCGAUUUCUCUCCUCCCGUUAAUCCACCCAAAGAAAUUGACGAUCCGAACGAUAUUAAACCCGAAGAUUGGGAUGAAAGGGAAAAAGUUCCAGAUCCGGAUGCAGUGAAACCCGACGAUUGGGAUAACGGUGAAGCUAAACUUAUCCUCGAUUCAAAGGCCAAGAAGCCAAAAAGUUGGCUUGAAGAUGAACCUCUUAUGAUUCCCGAUCCAGAAGCAACCGAACCCGAAAAUUGGUCUGAAGAUAAAGACGGUCCUUGGGAAGUGCCGAUGAUAAAAAAUCCCCGCUGCUCGUUAGUUCCCGGUUGUGGUCCUUGGAGUCCACCGAUGAUCGAGAAUCCAAGAUAUAAAGGUGAAUGGAGUCCACCCUUGAUUCCUAAUCCCGCUUAUCAGGGUAAAUGGGUACCACAGAAAAUUCUGAAUCCAGAUCACUUUGAAGAUAACCAUCCAUACUCUAGUAUGUCACCAAUUGAUGCGGUCACUUUUGAACUAUGGACAUUGACCGAUGGAAUUGUUUUUGACAACAUUCUGGUCACCUCUGAUUUCACCUUGGCCGAUUCCAUUUCAAUGUCAACUUAUCAGAUUAAAAAGGAGCUCAAUGACCUUGAGACGGACAAUUGGUUCAAACGGUUAAUCAAACAGACCAACAAGAAACCUUGGCUUUGGGCAGUCUACAUAAUGGCCACUGCGAUACCUGUGAUAUUUUUCAUCGGUUUUUGCUGUGUGACUCCCGGAUCAUCAUCCUCAUCACCUUCACCUCCUCCUACAUCUUUCUCAUCCUCGACAUUAUCGUCAACACUUUCCCCGAGUUCACCAUCUUCAAUAUUUGAUUGUUCACAACCAUCAACAAGUUCAAUGAGCACAACAAUCAACGAUUCUCAGCAUUAUCCUCAUUCUCAUCAUUCACCAUUCACAGAAAGUUGUAAGGUCAAUCAUCAUCAUCAUGAUCCAUAUGCCUUUCGAUACCAUGAUGCCUAUAAAAAUAACGAUUCAGGUUGUUCAUCAUCUGAAACUUUGGAAUCGGAAAUUAGUGGAUUAAGAUCUCGAUUAGUUUCUGGUGGACAACCGGAAACGAUCACGAUGACCGGAUAUUGUUCAUCUUCUUAUCAAUAUCAUCAACACUCUCAUGGUUAUCAGUCAACCAAGAAAACACCAACGGUCAGUUUUAGAUCAGCUUGUAUGAAGCAAAUGAUUCCUGACGAAGAGGAAGAAGAAGAUGAUGAUAAUUUAGUGGAUGAAAUGAGAGUCAUGGAAUUGGAAUUAGAAAAGGAACAAGAUGAACUAAUUAACAAUGAGCAUGUUAAUUACGAUAAUAAUGAUGAUCAAGAUUACGAUCAGGAAAAGUACGAUUAUGGAAUCAUGAAUGAUGGACCAGAAAACGAUUAUAACAUUGAUGAAAAUAUCGAUUACAAUUAUAACGAUAAUUUGGAGACUGCAACUGAUUUAAAUGAAUUUAGGGUUAAUGGUGAUGAUUUAAUUACUCCAAAUGAUGGUGAAGAAGAGGAAAAGGAAACGAUAACAAUUGAAAGUGAUCAAUUAUCAAUAAUAAACAAUCAAAAGCAAUACAAUGAUGACCAAAUCAAUGAAAUAAAUGAUCAGCUCAAGGAUAAAAUUAACGAUGACAAUUAUGAUCCAAUUGUUGUUGAUUAUUCAAAAAGCAAUAACACUGAAAAUGGUGAUAGUUUAAUAGGAAAAUGUCAAUUUGAUUCAGUAACUAAUGGAUUUAAUGAGCAAUCUCAUGGUGUUAAUCAACAAUUAACUAAUGGUGAUGAUUUUGAGGCGAUGGAAAUGAUGAACAAUCAAUAGAUGAAUCAGUUCAAGAACUUGAAUCUCUUGAGAAUACAAGUAGAUCAGAAAAUCCAUCGAUCAGAAAACGGAGGAAAGGUAAAGGUCGUCGCAAGAACGAUGGUGGGGGAGGAGGUGGUGGGGGAAAUGGUAAUGGUGCUGGUGGAAAAUCCGGAAACGGAAAAGGUAAAAGUCGCCGAACCAAAGCUCGACGAGAAUGAAUUGAUUUAAUUAUUGGUUUCAUUUUCUCCGCUCAAAUGCAAGAGGAAAUUAAACUUAAUAUUUUAUAAUUUAAUUUCUAUUAAAACAAAAUGUUGAUAAUCUUUCAAAUUCAAAUCAAUUUCAAAUCAAUUCCAUCACAUUUGUUUAAAUUGUUAGAAUGUAAAUUAAUUGCUCUUUGUUUUUCCCUCUUUCAUUUGAUUCAAUUAAUAAAAAAAAAUUCCAUUUGUUAUGAGUA